AUCGCAUCAUUGCGUAGUUGUAAGGAGAUACUUGUGUUUGAUACUAUGAUCUUGUGUUCCACCUGUGUCCCUUAUUGAAAAACUUUAUAGAACAUCUGCAAAAGUAUCAAAAAUUGUUUUAAUAAGUUUGUUAUUCCAUCUCCCAGCAUUAAUCAGUUUUCUGUCUGGUUGUGUGUUCUAUAUACGGCAGAAGGUGUGACAGUAGAUUAUUUUUCCUCCUACAAUGUUGAUUCUACGUGGAAUUAAACUGACGUAGUUUCCCCACCUAUACAUAUACAUUAACAUAUGCUUGGGUGGUUAAUCCCGAGAUCAGAGACGUCUUAAUUUGCCAGUACUUUGUGUGAAUUAGUAUUGUCUUCAUGUACAUUGUGACGAAUAGUUAUGAAUUCAGAGAAUUCUCUUUUUUAUAAAGUGACGACAAGCUAAAAUACUCCACAUAUGUGUAGAGACCAGUGGAGAUUUUUAUUAAGUGUUAAUAGUACAAAGUGUAAUAUUGAGUCUUCCUAAGACGAAUAUUUAUUAAGAAAGAAAUAGAAUUUAUUUAAAAUGGCGAGUGAUUUGUCAGCUGUGCCACUUGUUGCUCUUUCUGCUGAGACCAAGGAAUAUAUUGCAAACAUGUUAAAUCCCACUAAAUUUUUAUCAAAUGAGAAUAGUUUCCAAAGGGAUUGGAGAGGUUUGACGCAUUUGUUGAAAGUUAAUGCAGAACUUAUGCCAUGGUUUGAAGCUCAAAAAGAUCCGACAAAAUACAUAUUAGAAAAGAUAGAGAAAAAUAUCUCAAUGAAAGAUUUUCAAGCAACAAUGGAAUUGAUGGACAGAUGGGACAUUAUUGAUGAUACUGAAAAAAUGUUUGAAAGUGAUGCAAUAAAAUAUCUUGAACAUCAGCAAAGAGUAUCAGCUAAUCCAAUAGAUCAGCAGGUUGACGAAGACAUACUUACAUUAGAUGAUGCUUAUAGGCUAACACGAGGUUUAAGCAAAACACAUUAUGAUGCGUUUCUUCUAUAUGCAGAUGAGGAUGCUGAUUUUGCGAAUGAGAUAAUGCAAAAGCUUCAGACAGAAUAUAAGCUAAAGUUAUGUUACCAUCAAAAUAUGAUUGCUGGUCUACCAUUUGAGCAUGAAGCAGUGAUGAAGUUAAUAUCUAAGCGAUGCAACAAAUUACUUGUUAUAUUAUCACCUAAUUUUCUCAGACAUCCAACAAAUCAAUUUUUAUUAAGUUAUACGCAAGCUCUAAGUAUCGAAAAACAGCAGAGAAAAAUAGUACCUUGCUUAUAUAAAAAGUGUCAACAGGAAGACGUGCCAUAUCAAUUACAAUAUAUAUCUCGUGUGGAUUAUACUCGCAGAAAAUAUCAAGACUUUUGGAUGCUAUUAUGUUAUUCUAUACAAGCUCCAACUGUUGUUAUUACAAGUAGUACAAUGUCAGUAGAACAGAGCAGUAUGAUACAAGAGUUGCCAGAAAUAAAUACUUUGCCUGAUAAGCAUAGCAUAAUAAUUGAAACUGCUACUCAAAAAACAGAUGAAGAAACAUCAAGACAUUCACUUCAGAGUGAAAGUUGUGUUAAUAGAGAUGGUAUAGCUUUAAAUGUGGAGAAUGAAGAGAAUGAAAAAUUACUCCUAAAAAAAAUGAAAAAUUUGAAGACGAAAUUAAAUGGGGACAGUUUGGAAAGUAAUGAAAGUGGCGAAUCACAGAAUCAAUUAAUUACAUGUACAAAGACAUAUGCAAAGAAGAAAAAAUCAUCUGAUAAGAAAAAAAGUUCAUUAAAAUUUUUUAGAAAGAAAAAAAUUGCUUUACAGGCCUCGUAAAAAAUUGUUAUUACUAUGGAUAAUUGUAGAUAAUAAAUCGUUUUUAUGUUUUUUUCUGUUUAUAUAAAAAGAAGAAAAAAUAUUUGUGUUUAAAUAUAUGUAUAUAUAAGAGGAAGAAAAAUGUUUAUAUAAAUAUAUUAAAGCAAAUAUUACGUCACAUUUUACAUGACUAUUGUAUAUAUAAAAAGUAUGUAAAGAAGUUAUAUUUUUUAAUUAUACGCAACAAU